AUGCCUGAGAAUAAAGAGAUGAAUGAGAUAGUUGAAAAGUUGUUAGAAGAUUAUUCUAUCAUUGCUGCAGUCAUCCAGCUAGUAUUAACAAGUUUUUUAAAUUAUGUAAAGGAUGAAGAAAUUAAGAAGUAUCAAGCAUGUCAGAAUGAAUUGAAUAUGAUGAAUGGUGUUCUUUUCAAAAAUAUUUGUGUUAUUAUUCCAGUUUCAUUGAGAGAUAGAAAUUUAGCUCUUCUUCACGAAGGUCAUUUUGAAGUAACCAAAGUUAAACUUCUUUCUAGAAGUUAUUGUUAUUGGUUUGGAAUCUUUUAUAGCAUAGAAAUCCUAACGAAAUCAUGCGAAGUAUGUCAACUUCAUGGUGAAACAAAAAAGAAUGAUUUCUUUCAUUCAUGGCAGUAA